CGGAAAGCAUGCAACGGCACCUGGAACAGAUAGCCAGAUGGCAGGCCCGAGUGGACUGCAAACCACAGAUCGCACCACCCACCACCCACACCAAAUUCCCCUCCUCCAAGCCCACCAACUUCCUGCACCUCACCGCCGAGCGCAACUGGAUCAAAGGCCACUUCACGAUCAACCCCUUCCUCACCCUCCCGCCCGCGCUGCUCGCCCCGCUCGCCCCGGACGAGAGCACUGAGGCCGACCGGCGCAACCUCCGCCUCGCCGCGCGCAUGGGCCACAUCGACGCGGAGAUCACGCUCGUCGGUCCGCAGCGCGACGAGCAGCGCGCGGCUGCGGCUGCGGGCCUGAUGAAAAGACGCACGCGCAUGGACGUGUCGUGCGACCACGGCAUGGCCAAUCUCGCCAUCCGCACACCAACCCCCACCCACCCCUACACCCUGCACAUCACCCUCAAAAACGCCUCCUCCACAAUCCGCAUCCCCACCACCUUCACCGGCCUCAUCACCAUCACCGCCGAGCGCAGCUGGGUCAAGCUCGGCGCCUCCCUCAGCGCACACAGCGCCCCCAUCAGCCAGGUCGGCGCCACGAACCGCUGGUUCGUCGGCGACGACAUCGCCGCGCUCUGCGAGGGCGACUGGCUCGGCGACGUCAUCGAGAUAGACGGCAGCCAUUCGCGCGUCAAGGUCAAGUACGUCGACAAGGUCCCUGGCGGGGAGACCGGGGCUGCUGUUGGUGCAACGAAGGCGAAAGGGUUUUGGAGCCGGUUUGCUGGGAAGUCGUAGACACUGCUUGUACUUUUAGUUUGGU